UUUAAAAAAAAAGCUAAGUGCUAAAAAUAGAAUACACCAUUUUGCUUUGUAGUUAUUAUACACUUAAUGUACGAUAUCAUACAUGGAUAAGUUUAUACUUUGUUGUUUUCUCUUGAUUUGUCCAGUCUUUGGUUCAAAUGUUGAUAUAUUGGUACCAGACAGCCUUGCUAAUGAAAAUUCAUGUGAAUGUGGCAGAGAUCUAACAUUACCUUGCAAGUUCAAGAAUAAAACAUUUGCCAUUGCUUGGAUGAAUCUAAACGACAUUUCACCGAUUGCUCAGUGUGUACGUAACAGAUGUGACAUUAACCCGAAAUACAUUGAUCAAUACAAUAUAUCAUACGAUGAGACAAAUCACAUCUUCAACUUGACAAUUAUUAAGUUAACCUUGAAAGACAAUGGAAGAAAGUUGGUGUGUUCAGAUGGAACCAGUACUGAUUCACAGCUUAUAAGGGUCAAAGAUAACGAGCCUCUGCUUUUAGAAAAUACAACAAAUGGGACCAUACAGGCUAUCUCUGGCUGUAUUUCCAAUGACGCUAAUGUUUCGUUUAAAUGGAUAAAGAUAUGUGUAUGUUCCUCCUCAUAUCAUAAUAUUUCAAUGUCAAUAUUGACGUCAGAGUUUUUUAUGUAGUUUAUAUUCAUCAUCCGUGAUUGUGACAACUUUAUCUGGGAUGGUAUAUUCUACGUUAACAGAAUGGAUCCGAUUUACUAAGAAUUGACAAGUUAACAGUAAGCU